UGUCCCGCGACGGGCGCGUCCCGCCCCCCGGAGCGGGGGCAGGGCCGGGGCCGUGCCGGGUGCUGAGCUGGGGCAGUGUCCGCAGGUGAGCCCCGUGCGGAUGCGGCGGCCGGGUGAGGGGCAGCGCCGCGGUGCCCGGGCGGUGCCGAGGGGCCGGCCCGGGGCGGGAGACGCGGAUUCCGGCGGAGAGCUCCCGGGCGAUCGGCCCACCGCCCUUCGGAGCGGGAUGGAGGAGCCCGACAAGGAGGAAGAUACUGCCGGAGGGAAGACUGCCUGGCAGCAGAGCCUGAGUCCCGAGCUGCAGCAAGGAUACCGAAUCCUGCGCGAGUUCCUGCUGGAGAAGUACCGGCCUCUGACGGCGCCGUUCCUGGAGCCCCUCGCGGAUCAGGCAUCCUUCGGAGAAGAAGGCGCCGGCUCCCCCUCGGGCCGUAACAGCGGCCAGUCCCUCCAGCAGCUGCCAACUGGAAUAUGGCUGUUGAAGAUGGAAGAGAAAUUUUCCAGCGGGCAGUACACAGGGAUAGCAGAUUUCGUAUGUGACUUCCGGCUCAUGCUGGAGACUUGCUACCGACUGCACGGUGUGGAUCACUGGCUCUCCAAACAGGCCCAGAAGCUGGAGAUGAUGCUGGAACAGAAGUUGGCGCUGCUGUCCCGGCAUUUAAGAGAGAAAACAUCAUUAGCUGUCACAUCUAGAGGAUGCUAUGGGCAGGAAGAUGAGAAAGGAACAGCAUGCAUUUCCACAAGACGUCGUUCCACACCUCGCAGUUUAGUAGGCUUGUCAACAGGCAUGUUUGAGUCUGUGAUGGUUCAGGUUCUAAGACAAGAGGAGCAGCUGAGAGCAAAAGAGGAAAAGAGGCAGAGAGAUCAAGAAAGAAAAGAAGCAGAAGAAGCUAGUCAGAAAGAAAUAGAAGAAUGGGAAAAAUCACUUUUAGCUCAAGCAGCACCUACAAGGAUGGAGAUGAUGUGGGAGAUUCCAGCUAUUGGUCAUUUUCUUUGUUUAGCACAACAGAUUUUAAAUUUACCUGAAAUAGUAUUCUAUGAAUUGGAACGCUGUCUUCUGAUGCCUCAGUGUAAUAUUUUUUUGUCUAAAAUAAUGACUUCUUUGUUAAGUCCUCCUCAUCGCAGAUCUACGUUGCACCGCAGACCGACAUUUUCUUACAGGACUUGGGAAGCAGCACUGAGAAAGAAAGUACAACACUGGUACACUGUUGUAGGGCAGACUGACAAUCCUAAUGGCGCUGCAGAAAAACUUGGCUUGUGUCCCCAGUUUUUCAAAGUGCUCGGAGAAGUUAAUCCCUUGGAGGAAAAACCAUUUCAUGAGCUACCAUUCUACCAAAAAGUAUGGCUGCUAAAAGGUCUCUGUGACUUCGUGUAUGAAACACAAAAGGAUGUUCAGGAUGCAGUGCUAGGUCAGCCUAUCCACGAAUGCAGAGAAGUAAUUCUUGGUUAUGACUGCUUGGAGAAUGCAUAUGUUCAUUUUCCACAGUUCUGUGGUGCGGAUGUUCGGAUUUACAAACAAAAGCCUUUUCAGGCUCCUGAAUUCCCAUCUCUUCCCAUCAAAGUUAAAAAAGUACCUCGUAUUAAAUCGGAAAGAAUAAAACAUGAAUAUGUAGCCAAAAGCAAUGGGGAGGUCAGUUCUCCUGGUAGAGAACUGCUACAUCAUUGCAAGACAGAAGUAGAGAAAAGUAUGGACUCUGUCAUUAUCAGUCCAGAAAAAAACCCACAUUUAGGCACCUUUAGAGUCCCUACAGGGGAGAUAAACUGUGAAAUCAAAGCCUCAGGAGUCUGUGACAUCAAGAAAAGUGUUUGUUAUAAAGAAAACUUGAGGAAUUUGAUUACUUCAGGAAAGAUUGUUGGUAUGGGUGGGGACUCUAGUUCAAGAGAAAUAACGGAUGGGGAGAAUGCACAAGGUUGUGCUGAAAUGGCCAGACUAAGAUCUGAUAUGAACCCAUUCAAGGAGAACACACUGAAAGCUUGCCAAGUGCAUGUCAAUGGCACUUACAAUAGUAACCAAGACACCAGUUACCAUGAAUCUGCUAAAGAAACAGUGCUAGAGAACUCACUGCGUCAUAAUAAGAAGCUAAAUAAGAUACUAGCAAAAAAGAAGAAAAAGAAAAAAAAGAAGUUGAAGGAUAUUCUAAAUGAAAAUCUACAGAGAAAACUUGAUGACCUGCAAAGAAAGCGUGAGAUUCAUCUUCAUCCGUUCAAAUCUUAUAAAUCUGAACUCCAGAACAAGUUAUUUAUAAUUAAGAAGAAAGCAAAACACAAGAAGCACAAAUCUGGAAAAAAAUCGCUAACUAAAAAAGCUAUCACAAAGAAGAGGAAGGGUGUCAGAAAGUCUACCAUACCAGAAUUUCAGCUUAUUUGCACUAAUCUUGAUGAACUCAGGGAAUUAAUCACAAAGAUUGAGAAUGAACUCAAAGAUCUGGAGGACAUUAAAAAGAAAUCGGGAAGAUGGUACCACCGGAAGCAAGCAGUAAAGGAAUUGCAUGGUACGUUGUUACGACUGCUUAAUGAACUGUUACCAUGGGAACCAAAGCUAAUUAAAGCGUUUCAAAGAAACAGGUCUAGAUUGAAGAAGGACUAUGAUGACUUUAAAAGACAUCCAGACCAUGAUAAAUUUACCAGAGAAUUGUGGAGUAAUGAUGAAAGUGAAGUUGAUUCUGGCAAAGAAUCUUUUGCAGUAGUAUGCGGUAAAUCAUCAGAGUCUGCAGAACAUGUAGAAGUUCCCAAAAAAGAUCACUCAGACAAUGAUGAAAUGAAACUAUUAGAGAUGAAUUUACCUGCAGGAAAAAACAGAAUUCUGAAAAAAGAAACAUCUUCUAAAGAAAUCCAGAAGACACUGCCCAAAUGCAUUAAACGACAGUUCAAACAAAACAGUUGUCUGGAUCAAAGCACUAAUGAGCUUUCACCGAAGAAGAAACCUAAGCUGAACACUGUUGAGACCGUGGUCCAGAGUUCAGAAAGUAGCCUGCAACCGGAUAAUUGUUUGACUGAGCUGAAACAAUUUGAAGGGUCAACUUUAGAGUUGUUUUCCCUGACAGAUCCUACAACAUCAGUAUCAAACUUUCUGAAAGGGACCAAACCCAUCCAGGCCUUGCUUGCCAAGAAUACUGGGAACAAAGUGACCUUAACAAAUCAACCAUCGCCUCCCCCAGGCAUAAGUGUAUCAACUUCUGAAAAGUCAGUUUUACCACCUUUGGAAUCAUCAGUGAUCAAACCAGCAUUGCCCUGCCAGGCCAGUUCAAAGACUCCCUUACAAAUGGUAUACAAAAUGCCAAAUGGCCACUGUGUACCAAUAGACCUUCAGAAUAGCUCAGUGAAAAUUCAAAUGCAAACUGUGACUGACCCUAAAACUGGAGAAAAAGUCAUGCAACAAGUUCUUAUUUUACCUAAGAGUUUUCUUCAGCAGCAAGAAGGAAAAAUUGUGUCCAAGGAUGUUCAGCCACUACAGCAAAAAUCAUCUGAGCUGCACUGUGCAUCUUUACCAAAAAUGUCAAAUGUCAGUGUUUCUUUAACACCUGUUCUCAUGACAGGCUCUGCAAAUACUACCAGUCAGUCACCUACUACAAUUUUUAGCAAGAAUAUUACCCACUCCCACUCGUCACAAGUGACUGGUUCCAUGAACACUACACUAUCAUUGCCUGAUGUAACUUCAGCAGGUAACUUGCUAUCAUCAACAGUUAAGGUGAACCAUUCUGAAACUGACAAAAUCAAGACUACAGUUUUAACUGCUACAUUCCCUGUGUCUUUGACUUCAUCUACUCUUUCCACAUCUAGCCAGUCCUUGAUACCAGCAACAGCAUUAAGUGGGUCUGCGAACACUGAUUCUGCCUGUCAUAGUCUUGCCUCGCAGCAGCCAACUGACUCCUGUGAAACUAGGCAAGAGCUGAAGACCGUGUGUGUAAGAGAAUCACAAUCUAUUCUGGUAACAACACGAGGCGGAAACACAGGCAUUGUUAAAGUGCAAACAAACCCAGACCAGAUUUCACCUAGUAGUUUAUCUUCUAGUCCAGUUUUCACUUACACUUCUCAACUUCAGGCCUUUCUUGUGCCAAAAACCACAGCAUUAUCAUGCUCUACUGUUCCAUCUCUAGUAACAGCCACAUCUGGUCUCCAACAUAAUGGACAAUCAUCUCUUUCUGGAUUUGCCCCCUCAACAGCUUCUUCUGUUAACAUUCCAGCUUUCCCAGCUGAUUUUACCCAAGCAAUGGGGAAAAAUAUCAAAUUUGCACUACAGCAGGCUGCUGUUGGGGACACUUCAGGUCAAGUAAUAGAGAACUCCUGCUAUGUGUCCUCUCCUUUAUCCUCCGUUUCUUUAGCUAGCAACGUGAUGUCCACAACUCCAAACAGUCCUGUUAGUGUGACUAGCACUGGGCAAAAUAACACUACCAUAACUCCAAAUUCUUCUGUACAGCAUCAAGGGGAUACUAAAACCAAACCAAAUUCUGUUGUGCAAUCUGAGUCUAAUUCAGCAACAAGUGGAAGUUUAAUCAGUGGUGCUCCAGUCCAGAAAUUUACAUUAGUUACAAAUUCACCAGUUUUGUCUCCCUCUAGAGCAUCAGGAGUCAGUAUUAUACCCUCUCCACCAUCCACUGUUGUUAAUGCUCAGAAGCUGGUUUUCGUUAACACACAAAUUGCCAGUGGCCCAUCAACCACCAAUCUAGUUGCAGAGUCAUUGAGACAGAACCUUCCUUCUCCCCUAACCAAAACCUUCGUUAAUGCCACAGAGCAACCACAUUUGGUUUUGAUCCCAUCUACAGUAGGAGCACCAAUAAGAAUAAAUUCAUCACCAACUGUUGCUCAAGUAAAAGAUGUAAAAAUUGGAUUAAAUAUAGGUCAGACCAUUGUAAAUACUAAAGGCAAUGCACAGGAGACCCCACCAGUUAAUAUAUUGCACUCUGCCAUUUCUAAAGAAGACAAAAAGGGCAUUGGCUUGGCGCUGUCUUUGACAAGUAGCAGUACUGUGGUUCCUUCUCCAGCUUUUGGUGUGUCAGCUAAUGAAUCUGUAUGUGCUGCAACAAAAGCUGAAAAUGCCUUUACAACAGCAAAUGCAUGUGUAGAAUCUGUUUCAGUAACAUCAAGUGGGACUUCUCCUGGGACACGGUCCACUGUCUUGAGUGGUGGCAGUGAUCCCUCAAGAAUAAGGCCAGUUCUGGGUAAUCGACUUUGUACAUCAAGUAUUGGAAAUAUGGGCAUAUCAACUGUGAAAACAGGACAUCUUGCUUCAUCUGUGCUGAUUUCAACCACACAACCAACAGUAUCUCCGCAAAACUUAGCAUCUGCUUUGCAAUUUCCAUUCAUUAGCUUGCCUGGAUCUGCAGCCGCCCCCCAAAAGGUGUUACAUACAUUUCCUCAGUUAGCAACAGUUCCAGCUCCUCUUCCAGUAUCAAAAAGCCAGUUGCCAACAUUGCUUCAGUUUCAGUCAUCAGGAACUUCAGCUGCUAUGGCAAGUCACACAGGUAUUCACAAACCUCAGACUGUGUUGUCUUCUCCGUCACCAAAUACAGGUAAAGUCAUUAGUUUUCCCAGUUCUUCUGCCCUAAAAUGCCAGCAGGUGCCUCCCAGUACAGAGAAACAAAGUCAUGCUUACACUUGUGCUUCUACCGCUCAGAUGUCUGCAGCUUCACCAGCUGUAACAAGCAAAACAGGAGGGGGUCAAUUGAAUGAGUCUUGCAUUCAACAGAAAAUAGUCAUUAACACCUGUAUGCCUUUGGCACCUGGAACUCAGAUAAUGAUUAACGGUACUCGUUUUGUUGUUCCACUGCAAGGACUUGGAGCUGGCAGCCACGUUCUUCUUCUCUCCCGUAAUACGAAACAGACUCCUUCAACUGUUAACCGUUGUCAAGAGGCUCAAGGUGUACCAAUUGUUAAUCCAAUAACCUCAAAAAUCAUCUUAGCACCAAGUAAUUCAUUAAGUUGUCAAAUAUCAAAACAUCCUUUGAAAAGCUCUACAAAAAUUAUGAACUCUAUUGGGGCUGCAGAUGCUUUACCCAUUGUACAUGCAGCACCCCAGAUAUUUAGUACUCCAGGUAGCUCAUCUGCUCAACUGUCUGGGGUAACACUGUCUGUGUCUUCAGUGACAAAAUCUCCUAUUAAUGUUGUAGCUACGUCUUCUGUUGUUUCUGCCGUUCAUCCUCCGAAUUCUCAUUUGCCAAGCAACACUUCAGUGUUUCACUUAGACACUUCUAUCAAAAAACUGUUGGUCAGUCCAGAGGGAGCCAUUUUGAAUGCUCUAAAUACUCCAGCACCAAAAGUUUCUUCUCUGUCUUCAUUGCUGCCUCCUGUUGUUGUGUCCACAAGCAGAAAUCCUACCACUGUCUUCCCUGCAUCUCAGUCAUCUUGCCUUGAUAAACCUGACAAAGCUGCAUCCUGAAUUUACUGCAAAUGAGCCACUUUGAAAUUUUGGGGCAUUCCUCAGACUUUACAAGUUGUAACUAUUGGAUAAUUUCUUACAAUGUAUGAACCAGUUGAUUUACUCAACAUUACUUAAGGUUACAGUUCUUUCCUGUUCACCUGUGGGGAUUAAGAGGAAGAAAAAUUUUAGUUUGUCAGAAGUUUUCAGAGAGUACUUUAGUAAAAAGGUCAGAAAUGACCAAUGAGUUCAUUAAACUGUUUGGAGAAAUCUCACCUUUUGCACAUGUUCCAUCUUACAUUAUGGACUGUUUGCCAGUGUGUUUUUGACAGUGUAUGUCUUCUUUUAUUUGUCAAAUUAAUUUUUGAUCUGUUUCUUUAAGGAAAAUAUUUAUGCAUUGUAAAAAUGCAAUCUAUAGUAUAGAAUUUACAUGUUCCUGAAUUCCUAACAGUCCAUACUAAACAAUAUGUACAAAGAACUCUGUCUUAUUUAUGUUUGGUUUACAUAAUGUAUAGUUUUUUAAGUAUUUUAGUAACUUUGGACCAGUGUACUGUUUAGCAACUGCAGAAGAAUCUGCAUAUAAUAAAUCAAGUUGCUUUACUGCUUUGUGUUUGCAAUAGUUAAAAAUAUGUGUAUCUGUUACACCAUGGCAGAAUACAUACAUACAUACAUACAUAUAUGUAUGUAUAUGUAUAUAUAUGUGUAUAUAUAUGUAUGUAUGUGUAUACACACAUCUUUCUUUUCGUGUGUGGUAGAAUGAAAUUAUUUAACCUCUUUUGCUUUUCUCUGCUUUUACAUUUCACAUGAUUUGGCAGGAUUUGGAAGGAAGGCCUUCUUGUUGAUCCUCGUGAUACAGGGCGGGAUAACCCAUACUUCAUCCGUUCUUAAGAACUAUUUGGUUAUAUUGCCUAAAUAACUCCAAUGAUGUGGUAAGGCUACAAGUGGCUUUCCAGACACCAGUUUAAGUCACACUGGUUGCUGUUAAGGACUACUAUGUUUUGUCUUAGAGCUCAUAGAUCUGUUGAACAGUUCAUUAUUCUCUUUUUUACAGCCUUGUAUGCAUUUCCACAUGUUUGGUAACUGUAACAAGGUCACUUGUUGGUCUUCUGUCUAGCCAUAACAACUACCCAUUUCUUUUCACUAGUCAUACUUUCUAGAUCUGUAUAUUUUUCUUUAACUUAUAAUUGGUCUAUCUGGAAUGAUAGCACUAAAGCAUCACACAAUAUUAAAGGAAGCUUUAUUAGUGCUUUGGGGAUAAUAAUAUGUUAUAUAAACCUUCCUUUUUUAUGCAGUGUAUUCAGUAUUUGUUGACUUAGUUUCAGCUUUUGAUCUGAUGAAACCUUUGGGUUAUUUUCUGCAGAUCUACUGAGUUCACAGCUGCCUCCUGUAGUGCUCUUGGAGACAAGUUUUUUGGCAUCUUUUGAGGUUUUGCAUAUAAAGAAAGGGUGCUGAUCUUAUUUUAUGGAAGAUGAUGAUUUUAGAAUUGCUAUCUUUGUAUGUGUUGAUUUUUUGUAGAGUUUAGUAUUUUUUAGAAACUAGAAGGGAAGAUUUCAGAAGAACUUACAAACGAUAAUUGCCUUUUUAAUAGCUAUGACUUCAAAGGGGAUAAAAGCUUACAUAUCCGUAUAUAGCAGAAUUUCUUAGACUGAGUUUCAACAAGAUGAAACUUCAGCCUUUGCUCUUCAUCCUGUUGAAUUUUCUUCUUCCCUUCCGUUUUUGCUAUACUAGUUUGGCAGUUUGGAUGUUGAGUUGAAGAAUAGGACCACGGCUUACUCCCUCUGUGUCGGUUGCCCUUUGUAUUGUUCUGAAAAGUAACCUAGUAGCUAGUUAGCUAGAGGUCUGGGAAAGUGGGGGAAGAAAGGCUUGUGCCUUCCAUAGGGACCUUUCCUUUUGCACUAACUAAUAAAAUUGCAUUGGGAAAUUGCAUCUUUCCAUCUUAUCUCAGGGCUGAGAUAGACGGAAGCUUUCAGUUUUGGAAUUAGAGAAGGUUUGUUCAAGUUUUAGAAAAAGCUACCUGCUACACCUUUGCUACUUCUCAUUAAAGGUGUUUUGUAAUGGAUUUUGAAAACACCUAGUACUAAGUGUGUCUGCCCAUCAGAGCUCACAGUAUUAAGGAUUUUUAAAUCUGACUGCAUAUUGUAGUUGAAUGCUUCAGUGACUUUUCCAACAGAGGAAGAUGGCAGAGAGUUGGCAGUUUCUUCUUGUACAUUUUACAUACUCUAAAACCAUAUAUACCAGAAGCUGAUUUUAUUUCCAUUUUACUGGUGGAACCAUGGGACUCACUGUCUUGGAUUUUUCGUCUUUUCUUGCAAUGGCAGUUUUUUCCUUUUUUUUUUUUUUUUUUUUUUUUUCAUUUAAGUUUGUUGUAGAGUGAAUAUCUACAUUAUUUGGAAAGCUCAAGACUAGGUUAUGCUAUUGCAGAUAUUCUUGAUGAGGGAAAAAAAUCUUGCAUGACAUUUUUCUGUGUGCUGAUGUAGUAGAAAAAUUUAUACUAUAAUUGAAAGUUAGAAAAGCUGAACUUAAAAACUCAGGACUCAAGUAACUUGCCUGAAUGAUUUCCAAGAAAUUUUUUUUAAUUAAUAUGAUAAUAUUCUAUGAUUUUUAUAAAUAUUGUAUAAUUUGGAAGACAUGUACUUUACAACAUGAAAAGUUUGAGUCAGCUUAAUUAGAGUUUUCAUGGACUUUUAGUCUGUACUAGAUGUGCUCAGAUUCCAAGUCCUAUUGGAGAAGGACUUGAGACCUCUAUGUAAUGGGCUUGCAUCCUUCAUUAUGUAAAACCAAAUUUUAGUAAUUUUUUUGAAUAAAAUUCCUAUUCCCAACAUUGUUCUCCAAUAAUAUAAAUGUCAGUCAGAGGUAAGGUUUUGUUUCAAAUGCAAGUAGAUAACCACUGACAGUUGGCUGUGUACCUUUUGUUCUACCAAAUGCAUAGCGCUACUUAUAACACAAAAAGAACUGUAAACAAGUGGAUUGUAUUCACAGACACAGUGAAAAAGCAGAACUACCUGCAUCUUUACUUGAAGUUAAAAAGACAUUUAGUUACACAUAUAAACAUAGAUAUAUAGAUCAGCCUUUUAAAAAAAGGUGUUCAACUUUUCAGAGCUUGCUUGUAAAAUGCCUUACUUUUAGAUCACUUCUGAUAUUAUAUACAGCUAUUCAUACAUUAUAUUAUAUACAAAACUUUGGGUUUAUAAAUUACUGUGAAUAUUUUGAAUUACAUUCUUUGUAUUUACCUACAUGAACAUGUUCUGCACAAUAAUUUUGGUAUGCUCUGAGUAGAAAAUUACGCUUCUUUUGCUUCACUGUUCAAACCCACAUGUAUGAACUGCCAUUUUCUCCCUGGGGAUUCUGCUCCUACCACACUAGGAGCAAUUAAAUUUCAUGUGUAUUAGUUGUUACAAAAGUAUCUGUUCAAACCAAGUGUGUUACUGUUAAGUCAUUCAAGCCCAUGCUCAUUUCACGGUGUUAGGUAGCAAAGGGUACAAUGUGAAAACGAAAGCAAAAAUUCUGGCAAGUGAAGAGAAAAUAAUUUGUCUUAUGGGAGUAGGUCAGAAAAUUACUAAAAGCUACCAUUUGAAAGGCAUCCAUAGCCUUACCACAGAGUUAGUUUCAUAGUUGGUUUUCCUUCUAUUUUGUGGUAGUGCAGAAUUUUAAUUGCCCAAAAUGGUUUUAAAUUAAUUAAUCAUUUUUAAUAAAACACAGAUGUUUGUUAUGAUGCAAUUGUUUCCUUUAAAAAGAACAGCCAGGGGUGCUCAAGAGGACUUAAACUCAUGUAGCCUGUUGUCUGUAAGCUGCGCCUGAAAAGAGUGAACUAACUCAAAGUAAGAUUAAUAAUGCUGCAUCAGACUUUAGGUCCAUCAUGUCUCUUGAAGCAGUCAACAGUAGCAUUCCAAAAGAGCACAAUAACAAGCCUGAAUAAUCUUCUAGUGUCCACUAAUCUGUGAGCCAGAGUCUUCCUCAUGCAGCUGUGUUUUUCUGCAAUUUAAUAGCUUUCAGUGUAUUUCUCUUGAUGAAAUGGACCAAUCCUUUCUAGAAUUCUUGAAAGCAUGCAAACAAACUGUUACCAUCCACAACACUCAGUGGUAAAGAAUUUGUAAAUAAAUCUCCUUUUUGAUUUCAGAACCUGGCACCUGCUAGUUUAAUUUGAUGCAGAUAAUAUUUAUAUUGUAAGAUGCAAUAAGCCUUUGCUGUUUAGUCAUUUUUCCAUGUGGCCUGUGUGAACCUUUGCCAUGUUGGUUGUCUCUUCUCUAGAAUAAAGAGAAAUAGUGAAUUCAA